AUGUUUACGCACAUGCUGUGGGCAGAAACUAAUUUAAUUGGAUGCGGCUUCGCGUUCUAUUACGACCCUUCAAAGAGUUACAGGAAAAAUUACGUCUGCAACUAUGGGCCCGGCGGUAACGUGUUGGGACAAGCGCCCUAUGAAAGAGGUUAUCCGAGUUGUACGGACUACGGAAUGUCAGAAUCGAGUAGAUAUCAAGGACUCUGUUCAAAAGCUGCGAACUACUAUUUCGGAAUUUCAAACUUCAUAUUGGAUCGAAUCGGCCACUGACGAAGGGCGUUUGCGAGUGAACGAAGUACCUAAAGAUCUAUUUAAUGGCGUGUGAUUAAAUUAUACUGGGAUCGAUUUUUGGAUAGAAAAUCUAAGAAAAUCUUACAUUCGUAGAAUGUGCUAAUUAAAGUAUUAUUAAAUGAUGUUGUGUUUUAAACAUGUGAUUAUAUUUUUGUAAAUAAAUAACAUUGAACAAACGUCGCUUGCUUUUAGUAGAACCAAAUGGAAAACCUAACGAUGCAAAAGAAAAGAGAUCGGAGCACGUACACAUAUAUAACUUUGGAGAAAGGUCUAAUUUGAAUGUUAAAAAAGCUAUAGUAUUUUUAUAUAUGUUCUUAUAACCGUGUCUAUAGUAUGGAAUACUAUCUAGAAAUUUUUUAUCCAAUAUUCAGUUAUACAAGCG